ACCCCAACCCUGCCUGAGGUUUCAAAGAGACCAUGAACUGACUCUUCUAGAGAGGAGGAGGGACAAAUUUGGAGUAGAACCAGGUGACUCUCCUGAGACUCCUGGUUAAGUUAGGGGCCAGGAGAGCAUCCCUGUGUCCAGACCUAAACAUAAGGUCUCCUCCUUUAGGUAGCAAGGAGAUGCCACCUAAAAACAAAGAAAAAGGGAGGAAAGCUGGAGCGCAGAAGAAGAAAAAGAACAGGGGUGCAGAUGUGGAGGCCGAGUCCAGGCACAGGCUGGUGGUGCUAGAGAAGGAGCUGCUCCGAGACCACUUGACUCUACGGAGGGAUGAAGCCUGCUGAGCCAAGGCUUCCGAAGACCAGCUGAGGCAGAGGCUGCAAGGGGUGGAGGCUGAGCUGGAAGGGCCUGAAGUGAAGGGAAGGCCACAUAUGCAGAUGAGUCGCCAGUGCCAGGCCCUGCAGAAGGAGAUGGAGAGCCAGCAGCUGGAGGAAGAAGUCAGAGGCCUUCGGAGGCAGCUAGAGGCAUGCCAAAGGGAGGCUGCAGCUGCCCGGGAAGAGGCUGAGCAAGCCCUAGGAGAGCUAGACCAGGCCCUGGCUCAGCUUCAGGCCCAUGUGGCAGACAUGGAAGCCAAGUAUGAGGAAAUCUUACCUGACAGCCUGUACAGGCUCUUGGCCAAGCUGAGAGCCAUCAAGCCGCAGUGGGAUGCGGCUGCGCUGAGACUCCACGCCAGGCUCAAGGAGCAGCUAUGCCAGUUCGGACUACCCCCUGGAUCUUUGAGGCCUCCAGCCUCUAGUCUCUCAGGCUCCUUAAGGCCCCAGCAAUAA